CAAGAUUAUUGUGACUUUGCAAUACCAUGCACUGGAAACAUGCUACUGUUGGAAUGUUCUCUAGGGGCCUUGGUGCAUAUGUGGUAACUGUCUGGUGAAACUGCUUUUUUGAUGCUCCGUGGGCCGUCCAGCCAGGACGAAGGCGACAACUAUGCAGCGGGCGACACGGAUGAUUUUGCCGCGCAGCCAAUCGUCGUUGACGGAGCCAACCCAAUGAAAACCAACUUGUUCCCCCGGCGCAAAACGUCCCUGGGCCGCAGUGUGUCAUCGUCCCAGCUGCUACUCAAACCAAAACGCAACAAACAGCAACCCGUGCCCAGCACUGUGGUCGUGGGCAUGCACAAUUCCACGCUGCACAACAUCUCGUCUUCGUCGCUGACGUCGCCGUUUCAAUCCAGGGCCAAUCUCCAUAACGGGGGGGAUAGGGGACUCUCGCGCCAGAUGUCGUCGUCGAGGUCCGUGGCCACGCUGCUCCGCAAACCGUCCGACGUCGACUCUUCCCCAAAUACGAAUGGCGACGACAAUCGACGAGACUCGUCCAAGGCGCCCCCCAACAUGCUGCUACAUUUCAAAAUCUACCUCGUGGGGGACAGUCCGUAUAUUUCGGGUCACGGAAAGCCGCCGUCCGUGGACCUCACAUCGCUGUUUCCGUCGGGACUGAGUGUCCUGAAAGUGGCCAGCGGCGUCGAAUGGGGCGCUGCGCUCAUGCAAAACCAUCUCGUGUACACGUGGGGUAACAACACGGUCGGUCAGUUGGGCCAUGGCCACUCGGAAGCGUUGAUGCGCCCGACGUUAGUACAAGCGCUCCAGUCGAUUCGCAUUGUUAAGAUGUCGUGCGGGAGUGCCCACGGGGGGUUUGUGUCGGAUACAGGGGCGUUGUUCAUGGUCGGGGAUGCUUCCUACGGUCGAUUGGGGCUUGGGUGCCUUCCAGCAUCUGGCAUCAUCUCGACGCCUACGCAGGUGCGUUGGGGGUUCACACAGUGCAAGGACAAAGCGGUGACUCAGGGAACGUGGCCACCUUCAAUCGAUCUAAAUCACCUACCCCCCGAGCCCGGUUCCGCUGUCUCGGGGGCCCCCACCGACACUUUUUUCAGCGACGUCAGCUGUGGCGACCGGCACACGCUGGUGCUAGUCAAGCACAUGCACGUACUUAAACAGGUGCUCCUGGGGUUUGGGGAUGGCAGCAACGGCCGUCUGGGCACGGGCUCCGAUUCUGACCAGGACACGCCGACACUGGUCAGUGUGUUUCACACCGCCGCGGGUAUCACCUUUCCGCCCAUUCGGGAAAUGGUGGCAGGCCCGGAACAUAGCUGCUGCGUCACCCAAACGGGCGAAUUGUUUAGUUGGGGCCAUGGAGCGUACGGUCAACUGGGGCAUGGCACAUGCGACAGCGAAUGGACGCCCAAACGUGUCGAGUAUUUCUACGACAACGUUAACGUCACCGCCAUCAAGCAAGCCACCUGCGGACUGCAUCACACGGUCGUAAUCGACACGACUGGUCAAGUGUUUGCAUGGGGUCGGGGGGAUGCGGGGCAGUUGGGCGGUGACGCGUUGGCAGAUUCACCCACCCCCGUGCGCGUCCUGAUUGCAACGGACGCGGGGGGGCCUGCUGUCACAGCUCGAUUCGUCACGUCUGGGCGGUCCCACACGGUGGUGGUGGACUCCCUGGACAACGUUUACUGCUGGGGGGGCAACAGUGCGGGUCAGCUCGGGCUCAAGUCGACGACGGGGCUGAAUUGCCAGCCCAUUCCGGUUCAAGUGGACGCCAAGUCGAUGCGGACGCCGGGGGGCGCCGUGGCCCUUCACAUGCAUGCCCUUUCCGUGUUUGCGACGGAGAACCACACGCUGCUGGUGCUGCGGACGACCAAUGCUUUCGAAGGGGACGACCCGAACAUGGUCAAAGCCAAGAAAGCCGUGGGGAUGUUUAAAUCGCUGCACGCCAAGAAGAAACCUUCCACUUCCCCCGGCAAACACCACCACCACCGCGGCAACCAAGUUACUGAGAAAUGGUCGUUCACGGUGGCCGAGCCCACGGACACACUCAACAUCCCGAGCCAUGUUGCUCGGUUUCUACACAUCAUGGCGUCGACAAAGAUCGCCAAGCGGCCGACCAUCGAUCACUCGAAAACCAACACGUCCAUGCAUAAUUCGUCGAAUACCAACACUAACGCGAACAAGACUGCAUCUCUGACCCCCCCCUCUCGACUCCCCCCUCCGUCGAAUCUGCCAAGUCGACCCUCUACGAAAUCAACCGGGAAACCACUUGGGCCACCGAAACCUAUUCAAGGACUGUUGGAAUGGAAGCGGGCCCGUACGAAACGCCCCCCGACCACCACGUUUAGCCACACGCCACGGUUUCGAGCCAAGACUGGUUCAGUCGCAGCAGUACCCCCCCCACUGGCCACCAAUGGGCUUGCACCUUCCGACAAUACCCACCCCCCUCCCCCCAUCUCGACAAGCAACAAACCAACUGACGUCUCAAGUCGCGUGGAAAAAUCUGCGACAACGCGCCUCUUACGAGCGUUUGGGGUGGGAAAGCGAUUUCGAACCGUGCAAGUGUCGGUUACCCCCGGUCCAGGGGCGUACGACGUGCUAGCCAAAGCUGGAGUUCCCCCUAGUACGUUGGCUACCAACAACCAGACCGAAGACGACAGUGGGGACAAACCAUGGCGAGGACGCGUGCCGUUCGGAUCCACGGCCCCCAAGCAAGUGCCCCUCACCACGGUCGAAUCGAGUGCCAUUUACCCUGAAAAGGCCAUGGCGCUGGUGUUUCGGAAGCCGGUGGCCGUCAAGCUGGCCUCGGGCGACGACUUUAGUCGCGUGAUCAGCAAACGACUGCACGCCGGACGAGGAAGCACCCCCGGGCCUGGCGCGUACAACCUCCUCGUGCCGACGACUCAAGCACCUUCUUCGUCACGGAUGCCAUCCACCAAGCGAAAGCAACACAACUCACACAAACACAACUAACCCAUUGGUUGUGUUGUGAUCGAAUAAAGUCGGACAUCUCAUCCGACUCAAUUCUGAUUGGCUUAAAUUCGAUCUAAUUAUCGUUUACUUUUUGCUGCA